AUGUUCGGUGCUGUGCUUUCGGCAUUGGCCCGGUGGUUCCUUCCCUCACGGAAGCAGGAGGGACGGGAAGCAGAGCAGGAGCCUGCGACCCCUGCCGAGAGGCAACCAGCGCCGCCGUCGCAGACGCAGGCCAUCGCCUCGAGCAAUGAGGUGUUGCCCACCGCCCCGGCCGUACCACGGGAAGCACAAGCAGAGGACACCAAGGAGUUGUCACGGCCUUCUUCUUUGUCAGAAGCGGUCGAAGUCUCCCCAAAGGAGCCUGCAUCAGCCUCCAGUGCGCUUGCAGAAGUGGCAAACUUGCGAGGGCGGGAGGCCGUCCAAACACUGGACACUUCCGACCAGCAGCCACCGACAUCCGUGCUGCAGCAGCCACAGCCUUCUGAUUCCCCACAGCCAGCAUGCGCGGCGCCUGCCCUGCGAGCGCCGUCACCAGCAAAGCAAACCUUGCCCACAGAGGAGCCGUCUCGUCUAGCUUUUCAAAGUGCAGAGCUGGCAGACGCUUCUUUCGAGACGAAGCUGGAAGCAGUGAAGGAGGCGAGGAGAUCACCAGAUGACGAUGUGGAGGCAAGCAAAUCUGCCACUCUGCAACGAAAGCUGGACAAAGCAAAGGAGGUCAGCAGCAAGUCCGCAACUCUGCAGAAGAAGUUGAUGGAGGCGAAGGCCGGCAGGGCAACCAGCCCUGCAAGGGCUGAAGCGCAGCCCGCAGCGACCAGUUCUGAAAGCUCAGCGACCACAGUCAGUAAAACUGCUAUUCUUCAGAAGAAGCUGGAUGAGGCACGCAGAUCUGUACUCUUCAAGGCAGCAGCCGAAGAGGUGCCGGAGAAAGCUAUGCAGGCAAACGAAGAUGUGGAAAUGGAGGCCCUGGAGGAGAGCACGUUCGAGAUGAAGCCUGGAGAUGAGGCGGCAAUCAAAGCCACUUCGUCCAAGAGGCCCAGUUCGCCGGACAAGCAGGACAACAUGGAGGCCAGGGUUGCGGACUUGAUGGGGCUGCAGGAGGCUGCAAAGAGCCGAAGGCGAGGAGUCGUGGAGAAGGCCAAGAGUGUCAACCGAGAAGAAGGAAGCAGCGCAUCCAGGAGGGAGAAGAGGGCAGCUGAUGACAUGGAGGAAGCCCUGGAGGAAACGAGAACGCCCAAGAAGAAACGCAGCGAAGAGACCAAGAGUCCAGAAGAGCCUCGUCAGGUGCGCAGAGCCUCAGUGAUCUUGAAGGGAGCCAAGAAGAUGACCGAAGGAAGCGCACCACAAAAGCAGGCGGUUGAAUCCGAAUCUACGGAUCAUGGCAAAGAUGCCCCAGCGAGAGAGCGCGGUGCUCGCCCAAAAGCCUGGAGCAAGCCUGCUGCACAGGACGGUACGUUUCUGGACACCGGAGCCGAAGAGCGGCCAUUCAACGUUUUCCGGGCGAAGGUUGACGUGUCAGAUGGCUUUGCAGAUUCUGGGAAGCCAAAGACGCAGCCACAGAGCAAGCCGUCAGACUUCAAAGAGAAGGAGAGUGAGGAAUCUGACUCGUCGCCCUCGGAGCCCUCCAGAUGGCGAGCCCAGAGUGAGCACUCGGAGCAGGAUGACCCGGAGCUCAGGGACUGGCGCUGGCUGCAGCAGCCGACUCAAGCGCCUGCUCCGAGGAGCGCGUCGGAAGAGGAAAUGGCUGCGGAUGCGACAAACCAAGCUCUCAAAAGCAAGAAGAAGAAGAGGAGGAGGAAAGCCAAAGGCGCAGCGUCGUCGGCCACAAAGUCUGUACAGAGCACAGCCCUUUCCGAGCCGGCCCUGCCUUCGGCGUCCAAAAAGGAUCGCCCAAAGCGCAAGAGGAGAAAAGCACAUGUGGAAAAGGAGGAGACCACUCCGCCCAAAGGCAAGCGGACGCCUUCUCCCGAAGGAACGACGCCAAAAGCCGACAGGUCCGACUUUCCUGUUCAACAAGAACUCGGCCCAGAGACAUCCAGCGAGGUGAGGGGUGCCGAAGACAUCAUGUCUGUGAGCUCCGGAAGUGACAACACGGACUAUGGUGUCAUUGAUUGCCGAUUCAUCUCGGAGAACGAUGCAGCCCUUGGCCUGCGUCGCCGGAUCCAGCGCCACAAGACGCGGGCACUGGAGGAGGCGAAGAAGGACGAGAAGAAAGCAAGAAAAAAGGCCAAAAAGGCAGCAAAGCGCGCCCUGAAAGCCAAGCGAAAGGCGGACACGGCAGAGCAAGCUGCUGGCUGCAGGACAUCUUCGAAGACGAAACCUAUGUGGCCCCCCGAAACUGCUCCGGUAAUGAUGGAGCACAGCUACGACGAGGAUGCGAAGCACUUGGACCAGCUGUACAACUACAACGAGGACAUGGACAAGGAGGAGGGAAGUGAACGCGACGAUGCAGACAGGGGAGGCUGCCUCCAGGUGCAGAGCUUUGCAGCCGUCCGCGCCGCUAUAAAGAUCAUCGGCAAGUUUGCCAACCUACACGACCUCGUCUUUGCCGUUGCUGCGGGGGAGGUCGGCAAGAACGGCGAACAUCGGCAACCGCUGCUGUUAGGGUGGGAUUCGGGACUUCGACUCGGGGUCGAAAACAAUAAGGAGGUUGUGCAACGUGCUCCUUUCUCGUCGACAUCGAAAAUGCAAUCUACCGGGAGCAAUGGACCCCAAGAAGGGGGAACCACAAGCCUGCUGGCCAACUCCAGCCCUCCCAAACGCCUCCGAGAAGGGGGAGCUGGGACUGACGAGGACAAAGACAAGGUCACACUGGCCUCCAUCAGGGAGGCUAUUCGUGAGCAGCUCCGCGAAGAGAGACACAUCCUCUCGGGGGAGCUACGCGAAGGCCUAGCCGAGGUGCACAGCCGAAUCGACACCGUGGAGAAAUGCACCACAGCUCUAUGCAGAACGGUCACCGAUCAGCAAGUUAAGAUCGACUCCAAGGUAACCAGCAUCGAGCAGCACACACAGGACCUGGGGACCAGACUCGAGCUCCUUGAGGGGAAGUUCGCGACCGCGCAGUUCAAUGUGAGCAGCAACAAACGGGGGUCCGAGGGAUCAACAGCCGAACCGGUCCGCCCCGCCCUUGUACUUGGGGGAUGGGCAGCAGAACAAGCAGCAUCAGAGACACUGAGGUUGGUUAAACAACAUGUUGCCCAGCUUGAGAUUGAUCUGGACAUGGACGAAGCCUUUGUGCCAGGGCUCCGACGAGGCUUUGCCAUUCUACCACUCCGGGCUCGUCAGGGGGAAACACAAAUGCAACUUCGGGGGAGAGUCCAGGCAGCCCUGGCCACCAUCCGCGAGGCAAAAAUCGUCACUGGACCAAGACCAGAAGGCCGGGGAAGGAACUCAGCCCUCGAAGUUGAGUUUGGCACGGCCGAUGUCUGGUACAAUGCGACCAAGAUUGCUUCGGGGGUGACCACUGGCCCCGACGGCGCUACGACUACACCAGGGGGAUGGCUCAACCUAGCCCCGCUGGCACGCCAACUGGGAACGUCGGGGGAAGCGCUCGAGGAAGCAUGGAAGGAGCUCCGAAAGGUGUACUUUCUCAGUUGGAAUGUUGGUGGCCUUCAACCUGAAAAAGCAUUGCGAAUGCUAUCUUCACUCCGACAAGCUCGAAUUCAUCCCUUUUGCGGCAGCUUUGUGAUACUUCUCCAAGAGAUGAUCAUAGAACCAGGCAAACAUUUCGCCGAACAUGACGAUCUACAACUUUUCGCUGGCAAACUUGAUAAGGAAUGGCGGGGGACUGGGAUAGCGCACACCGACGAUAUCACCCGAUCUGCCUGCAAGACAUCCCAGUGCAGUACGUCCUGCACCAUACAAGUUGGGAACAUCAACAUGAUCGCCACCUCUCUUCACAUUCCUCACCACGCAAGCAUGGCAGAAGCCGGGGAAAUCCUCGAAGCAGCAGAACACCAGCUACGAAAGAAGCACAAAGGCCUGCUGGGAAUGGAUGCUAAUGAAACCUUCGUACUACGUGGGAACAGUGGCCUCGACUCUGAAACAGGCAGAGGGGAAAUGAUCCUUGGAUGGCUCGAACGACUACAACUCAUAGUCCCUGAGCAUAACAUUGACAAACCGAGCUACUUCCCAUACAAUCAUCGCCUCCAACCACGACGACUCGACUAUGUAGCUCUCCGACACCUUCCAGGCGAGUCAGGGGAUGUCCUCGCCCAACGAGAUGUUGCAAGCUCCGACCACGAACCAGUACUCGUCAGCGCAGCGGUUAAACCCGCCAAGCGCGACUAUUCGACCAGAGCCCCAGAAUGGGGGAGCCGACGACUGCGAGGACCUACAGUGGUGAAGCAGAUCCUGGAAGCUCCACUGACCUCGGGGGACCCUCUGGAUGCCCUGGCACGGACCGCCGUCGCAAUUACCGUCCCGGAGAAAGUCCUGCCUCACUUCCAGGAAAGCAAGGUGCAGAAGAAGCUUCGAGCUACGGCCAUCAGCCAUCGAGGGGGAGCAGAACGACGAGGUCUGUGGAAACAAGAUGCGACACACGGCCAAGAACAUCGCAAAUGGAGGAAGCAACUACUCGACAGAACGGCAAUCGGCGACUGGAAUGCCAAGAUGGCGCUAACUCAAUCGAUGCGCAGCCACGAAUGGGAACUCCCACUCACGGAUGACCCGCAAUGGCGAGAGAAACUGACCGAGCACUUUGAGAACAUCUUCCAGAAGCAAGAUAGCGCAAUAGUCGAGGCCAAGUUCGCCCAAGUGGAUGGCCGCCUUGCUCGAUUAUGCAAGGGGACAGCCUGGAUACCCUUCAGCAUGGAAGAAUUUGUUUCGAUCAGAAAGCGGUGGAAGAACGGACGAGCUUGUGGUCCGGACAUGGUCUCACACGAGGCCAUGAAGGCAAUGCUACAGCACCCCCUCUGGGGGGGGAUGAUGCUCGAACUGUUCAACGAUAUGCUCUAUACAGCCAAGAUACCGCAGUCAAUUGAGAGGGGAGUCAGCAUCCUCUUGGCAAAAACCAGCCAGCCGGGGGAUUGGACAGAAACAAGACCGAUCACUCUGAGUUCGGCUUUGCUCAAGGCCUUCUCCCAGCUACUCCUUUUACGAGCCGGAGAAGACGUCAUGACCCCAGCACGACUGCAAUGGUCACGGCAGAGCCGUCAAGGUGUUGAACUGAUGAUACUCCGACGAGUCUGCCGCAUUGCCUUUGACUUCGGCCUGGAAAUGUUUGUAGUGAAACUUGACAUACGCAAAGCAUUUGACUCCGUCUACCAAGAGGCCAUGGCAGACAGAAUCGAGGCCGACGUUGCGUUGAAGGGAGGGAAACCGUGGGAAGCCCGUGCAUGGGCGGCACUCCUACGAUCCGGCAAGCUCUCCAUCAAUUUUCGGGGGACAACCCUCCAACUGGACCAAACCAAUGGAGUUCGUCAGGGAAGCCCUGAUAGCCCCGUAGCGUUCGGUGCAGCAGUGGCAAGAGACCUUGAUGACUGCAUCCGGGAAGCCAAGGCCUCCAAACCUACAACGGGGGGCCCACCGCCCGAGGACGGAGGUAGCUACAUGGAUGAUACGUAUAUCUGGCCCAUGUCACGGACGCACAUGCAGAAGAUGCUGGACCUUUUGGGGGACAAAUUGCCUCAGAAAGGACUCUUCCUGCAUCCAGGCAAAGUGGACAUCAUCAGUAACAAGACACCAGCCACCUUCCAGGUUGCCGGCAAGGAAGUGAAGACGAAGGGGGAGAACCACAUCAUGACCGUCCUGGGGAGUCCCAUGGCUUUCCAUCUCGUACCGAGCAAUAUAGUUAUUGCGGCGAUGCAAACAAGCGGGAGAAAAGCCUUCUGGACACACCGGGGGGAGUUGAUGGCAAAGGCGCCGAUCUCCAAAAAGAUGAUUUUGCAUACGAUGCUGGUCCGUCAAUCAGCCCUCUGGGGUUGCGCUACGUGGCCUUGCAAUGCACAGAUUCUGAAGCAAGCAAACUCCAUCCAACUAGCCCAUAUUCGGGAUAUGGCUGGUAUGCGAAGGGGGGACGGCGAAGGUUGGACCACAUGGAAUCAACGCACCCUUCGAAGAAGCCAGGGGAUACUCUUCCGCCACGGGAUCACCAAGAAACACCCGGCAGCAAGCAGAUGGUCCACCUUCAUCCUUGAGCAGAUCUGGGGGUUACUCGGACACAUGUGUCGUGGUGAUCCGGUCGGGGGACAACUCCUCCGGUGGCGAUGCUUGGCAUGGUGGAAUGCUCGCAGACCACCAUGGGGGAACAUCACCCAUGCUAGGCGUUUCAACGCGUACAUGGACACUGAUCGGCAGGUCACAUCUGUCGCGGGGGAGAAUUGGCACCAGGUAGCCAUGGACCGGAACCAAUGGUCAAGUCUCCUCCAAACAUGGAUUGACAAAUACGACGUGCCGUGGGCAUCUGGAAGGCAGACAAGCAUCACGAACCUUACGCCACAUCGAAGUACGAGCUCGGACGCCAGGGGGGGAGAAUUCCCGCCACCUCCACCGCUGACUACUUGA